UGCUGCCUCCCCACGGCUUCAACUCGCAUACUGACUUUGCUUCAGGUUCGGAAUCGGAUUCGGAUUCGGACUCGGACUCGCCAUCAGAAGUCUAUCAGGUUCAAGAUCCACAACGUAAAAACAAACGUUUGGAAUAAUUUUAAUUAGGCGACAAUGUCGUUUGGCAAGAUUGUGGUGCUCCUGGUCCUAGUCCACCUCAGCCAGUGUCUCGGAGACGCGGCCCCGUUUUUGGCCAGAGCCAUUUACUACCGGAGUACCCCGCCCGACGCCUUCGGCCACUACAACUUCGAGUUCCAGACCACCAAUGGCAUAACCACCAAGGGGGCUGGAAACGAAAACGGGGCCGUCGGAGUGGUGCAGUUCGUGUCCCUUGAGGGCAUUCCCGUGACCUUCUCGUACGUGGCCGACGCCAACGGCUAUCAGCCCACCGGGGACCAGAUUCCGGCCAUCCCGCUGCACGUAGUCCGCCAGCUGGAGUACAUCCGCACGCAUCCGCCGGUGGAUGAGCGUCGCUCGAGACGCUGGUAGUGCGCUCCGAUUCAAAAACAAUUCUAUAUUGACGCUUAAAAAGCCGUCGAUUGUCUGGCCGAACACCGUUACAGUUGCAGAAUAUUAUUAUUUCGUAUUUAUGUUUAUUGUUUUCCCAUGCAAAUGGGACGUACGAAGGCACAACAACAGGGCCAGCAACAGAGUCAUGCCAAAAUACAAAGCAAGCCAAUAAAUAUUCUAGAAAUAUAAAUAAAGUACUAGAGCUAAUUGAACUGAGUUCUGGAAGCCCGGAAAGCCUGCCUUCAGGAAGGAAGUUUAUCCAAUCAACAACAAUUUAAAUUCGAAAAAUACGUGGACGGUACUUUUAGGGAGUGCAUUUAUAAACAUACGUAUUUAUAUUUACUUGAACUUAUUAAAAAAUGCGGGCGAUUGCAACAUGUAUAUAUUCAAAUCAUCAUUUCAUGGCAUACAAAAUGUAUAUAUUAAAAUUACCUAAAUUAACAUAAUAAUUUAGUAGUUUUUAUUUGACCCAUUUCUCACAGUGUAGUAAUCGGCAUGAAAUAUGUGAAGAAUCCUAUAUUAAAACCAAAAGAUUUAUGGACUGCAUGACUAACUAAUCGGAAUCAUGUUUUCUAUGCUAAUCAAGCGCACUGAAAUGUCAGCUUUCAUCAGUUCAACUUUGCUUUGGGUUUUUUGGGGUGCAAAAAUGUUAAGCCUGUGGUUACCAUGUGGUUCUAUCGGUGUUUCAUAUUUCGUAUACCAUUUUUCGCAGUGUAGAAACCGGCAACUAUUAUUAUGAAAUAGAAUGGAAAUAACAAUGCUCAUUCCAAAA